GUGAAUACUUAAGCCUGGAGUUCGAUGAGUAUCUGAAAGAGCAUGGGAUCUUAUCCCAACUCACUCCUCCAGGGACACCUCAGUUAAAUGGAGUGUCUGAGAGGAGAAAUCGGACUUUGCUAGACAUGGUCCGGAGCAUGAUUAGUCUGACAACAUUACCAGAAUCAUUUUGGGGAUAUGCAUUGAAAACAGCAGCGCACACACUCAACAGAGUUCCAUCUAAAGUUGUCGAGAGCACACCAUACGAACUAUGGCUUGGGAGAAAACCGAGUUUCUCGUACUUUAAGAUUUGGGGCUUUGAAGCUUAUGUAAAACGUCUCAUGACGUCUAGUAAGUUGGAGCCUAAAUCUGAUGAAGUAAUUUUUGUGGGAUACCCCAAGGAAACUAGAGGGUAUGAGUUCUAUCAUCCAUCCGAUAACAAAAUUUUCGUUGCUCGGAAUGUAACUUUCCUUGAGAAGGAGUUUCUUUCUGCUAUCACUAGUGGGAGAAAGGUAGACCUCGAAGAAAUUCGAGAACCACAAGAAGAAGUCCCGAUAGUGUUGGAACCUGAGCAAAGAAAUCAAGCAAUUGAACCUCAAAUUGCUCAAGAUAUACCACGUAGGUCAGACCGGAUACGUAAUCCUCCGGUCAGAUAUGGAUUUCUCAUGUCUGAUGAAGGUGACGUCUUGUUGGUAGAUCAAGGCGAACCAGAGACCUACCUCGAGGCAAUUACAUGCCCCGAAUCCGAUCUAUGGCUCAAAGCCAUGAAAUCUGAAAUGGAGUCUAUUCCAGGAGAAGCACACUGGACAGCGGUCAAGAACAUCCUCAAGUAUCUUCGCAAUACUAAGGAUGCAUUCCUGGUAUACGGUGGUGAGGAAGAGCUAAAGGUGGUCGGUUACACUGAUGCUAGCUUCCAAACCGACAGAGACGAUUCAAAAUCACAAGCAGGAUAUUUGUUUUGCCUGAAUGGCGGAGCUUUUAGCUGGAAGAGCUUCAAGGAGGAUACAACCGCCGAUUCGACUACAGAGGCUGAGCAAAUUGAAAAAGACCUGCCUCCCCAGACUAGCAUGGAGACCUUCAUAGAACAUUAUGGGCUCUUUGCCAGGCUUCCGCUACUGAUUGAUUCCUUUAUCCCUUUACUCCCUAAUAUGUAUCUACCAUAUACCAACUCGUCGCCUCUUUCAAUCGUCUGCAAAAUAGUGAAACAUACAAAGCAAGAAUCCAUAGCAAGGAGUUCAAUUGCCUUCUUAUUCUUCGAUUCUCUUUAAUCUAGAGCAGCGACAAUCCCUUCGACACCCAAAGCAAGGAGUUCAAGCCAAUUACUCCACUUCUUACAAGUCGGCGGUUCCAAUUUGCGAGCUAGGAGCACAUACAGUUAAGAGUACCAUAAAAGUCAUGAAAUGAUCCAAAAGUAUUACAUCUGCAGUAUUCCAUGGUGCCAGACAACUGUAAGGGGGAUAAUAAGAGGUUUAUUUCAACUUAGUGGCCUAUUAUGUACCUCUUUAGUCUUCAUCUUCCUGUUUUAUAGUAUUGCUGAAACAAUGUGGAAGCUUAAGUAUAAAACAUAAUCAAAUUGUUUUACAUUUUUCUGGGUUCUCGCCUGAAAAGGUAUUUAUUUAAUUAAAACAUCAUAAAUGUGGUCCACCAGUCCGUACAUCUCGUCACUCUCAUUGACCUCCGGGAUGGGCUCCAUGAUCAGUAUUGUUACCUGCGUGUAGCAAGUAAAACAAACUACACGCU